AUGGGAAACUUUUGGUUUACUUUGUUAGUGUUGUCAACAAUGUUGACAACCAUAUUGGCAACAAAAGAAUUGAAGGUCAACAUGACGAUACUUCAAAGCGCGACUGCUAAAGGCGCUGUAUGCCUUGAUGGCAGUCCACCCGCAUAUUAUCUGGAUAGAGGAUAUGGUAGCAGAAUUCGAAGCUGGAUCAUCUACUUGGAUGGUGGUGGCUGGUGUGAUAGUGUUCGAAGUUGCAAAGCUCGUUCAAAAGGAUUCUUGGGUUCUUCUACGACAACGCCAUUGCAUCCACCAGCUACAUUUUCAGGCAUUCUUCAUAAUGAUCCCACAGUUAAUCCAGAUUUUUACAAUUGGAAUAGAGUAAGGGUUCUAUACUGUGAUGGAUCGUCUUUCACUGGUGAUGCUGCACAUGUUGACCCUGAAACCAAAGUUUAUUAUAGAGGGGCAAGAAUCUUCAAAGCCAUUAUGGAUGAUUUAUUGCAGAAAGGAAUGCGGAAUGCUGAAAAUGCAAUUUUAUCCGGAACUUCAGCAGGAGGUUUGGCAACAAUCUUGAACUGCGACAAGUUCAAAUCCCUCUUACCAAAGAAUGCCAAAGUUAAGUGUGUUGCAGAUGCCGGCUUCUUCAUCAACGCGAAGACUAUCUCUGGUACUUCUGAUAUUCAACAAAUGUAUAACAAAGUUGUGAAGUUACAUGGAUCGGCUAAGAAUUUGCCUCCAUCGUGUACGUCUGCAAUGAAACCAAGUCUGUGUUUUUUCCCUCAGAAUGUUGUUCCAUAUGUCCAAACUCCACUGUUUAUAAUCAAUUCAGCUUAUGACACUUGGCAGGUUGGUAACACGUUGGUUCCUCAAUAUCUUGAUCCACAACAUAUAUGGGACGACUGCAGGAACCAAUUAAGCAAUUGCACAUUUAGCCAACGUAAAAUUAUUAAAGGUUUUGGUGUGGAGUUCUUGAAGACAUUCUCGGAACUAACCCCUUCUUGUACGAGGGGUUAUUUCAUAACCUCGUGUUAUUCUCAUGGUCAAAUUAUAUGGGCGAGGUAUUGGUUCAGUCCUACAUCUCCACAAUUACUUAAUAAGACAAUUGGUGAAGCUGUUGCGGAUUGGUUUUCUGACAAAGCAGUGGUUCAAUAUGUAGACCUAUAUCCCUCUGCUAAAGAUUGCAAGAAAUAA